AUGUCCGCCAUCCGAAGAACUCGGUCAACCACCAGCGAGGACGAGGCCAUCACCAAGCGCCUCAAGCAGGAGGUGAUGGUCUCCGAGGAGGCGAUUGACGACAAGGACGAGCUCAACGAGAGCGAUGCGGCUGCCGCCGUGGCCGCCGUGGCCGCAGCUGUCCAGGAAAAGAAGGACCACGACGACAGUGUCAAGGCCGCGGACGUGCUGCGGCAGACGCUGGAGCACGUGAAUGAGCAUGUGACCGACGACGCACAGGGCCAUGUGCCGCAGCAGCAGCAACAUCAGCAGCAGGAGCAGCAGGGCCACGUUCAGCAGCAGCAGGAGCAGCAGGGUCACGUGCAGCAGCAGGACCAACAGAGCCACGUGCAGCAGGACACACAGAACCACGUGCAGCAGCAGCAGCAGGACCCGCAGAACCAUGUGCAACAGCAGCAGCAGCAGCAGGGACUGGGCCAGCACGUGAGCCAGGACCAGGGCCAAGGGCUUGACUCGCACGUGCACCACGGCAUGACGGCUAUCAACCAGCACGUGCCGCAGCAGGCACACGUGACGCAGCCCUACGAGCUCGAUCUCAACCCCUACAACCAGGCGCCCAACUCGGCCAAGCCGCCCGUGGGCUCCGAGCAGUGGCACCAGAUGCGGCGCGACAACCACAAGGAGGUGGAGCGGCGACGGCGCGAGACCAUCAAUGACGGCAUCAACACGCUUGCGGAGCUCAUUGCCACGAGCGAGAAGAACAAGGGCCAGAUUCUCAAGAACGCCAUCGAGUUCAUUAAGCAGCUCAAGGAGCAGGACGACGCGCGGACUCAGAAGGCUGCCAUGGACAAGUUUAGUCUCAUGAACCAGGUGACGGAGACGUCGGCGCAGAACAACCGGCUCAAGAUUGAGCUGCAGCGGGCCUGGCGGGAGGCGGAGACGUGGAAGGGCAAGUACCAGGAGCUGGAGGGGAAGAAGGAGUGA